AUGCGGUUGCUCAUGCCAUUCAUACUGGAGGUGUUUGUCCAAGUACGCUUUCACGAGUGUCUGCCACAACAUCAGUUUGGAGGUACGACGUCAUUUCUGAAAGGAAAACGGCAAGUCGGAAAUAGUAUAGGACUUAAGGCAACUACGAGCAAUAAACAGUUGAAGACAACAUUACCACAACGUACGAAAGGUGUUCCAUCAAGAAGCGCUGAAGUUGGUGCACGUCAUACAGAGGUUUUGUCUACUCGUUUUGCUGAAGGCAUAUUCACUCGAAGAAAAACACAUAAAAAGGUUACUUACGGAGAAGAUCACGCGCUACAGUGGAAAAUAAUCGCUAUCUUUUCUGGCAUAGGAUUACUCAUUCUGUGUGCUCUCGGAGUUGUACUCUACAUGACUUGUCGCAGAGAAGCUGACUCUCAUGGUACUAUGGCGGAGCCUUCAGUUCUUAUAACAGAUCUUGGGAUGGAACAAGAACAAUUUUUCGACAAACAGGAAUUAGACUCUCAGCCUGCUGUCAGUGGUUUUGGAAUUGUAGACAAAAGUGGAGUGGAG